AUGAUCACGGCGGACCGGUCGGCCUUUAUAUGCGCGUUAGGCGCUGCUGAGUCGCGCUUGAGGGCGGCCGUAACACGCUGCCAUCAGCUUUUACCACAGCGAGGCGCUUGUCCGAGCCAGUCGGCGAGCCGCCCCCCUCGCCUCGCGAGGCCAAGACGACCGGCUAGCGGCUUACAGCGUCGUCGCGGCAGCCAUUAUGGCGGCGAGCGCGAAGCUCGUGAACCCGAAUGCGGAGAUCGCGCGGUCCCGCGUCCCCGCGAAAGCGCCCCGCACCCAUGGCACGCGACGUCGGGUCGCGUCCGCGCGCCGCCGCCGCCGCGCGCCGCCCCAACGCGCCAUGAACCCAAACGCGCGCCGCAGGUGGCCAAGUCGCAGUCGCUGAUGGUGAACACGUCGGCGGCGCGGGGCCUCCAGAGCGUGCUCAAGUCGAACCUGGGCCCGCGGGGCACGCUGAAGAUGCUCGUCGGCGGCGCGGGGCAGAUCAAGCUGACGAAGGACGGCGCGGUGCUCCUGAAGGAGAUGCAGAUCCAGCACCCGACGGCCAUGCUCAUCGCGCGCACGGCGACGGCCCAGGACGAGAUCACGGGCGACGGCACGACGUCCGUCGUGCUGCUCACGGGCGAGAUGCUCAAGUGCGCCGAGCGCUACGUCUCCGAGGGCAUGCACCCGCGCGUCAUCGCCGAGGGCUACGACCUCGCGCGGGACCACGCGCUGGAGAUCCUCGACAAGGUCAAGGUCGACAUCGACAAGGCCAACCCGGACCGCGAGCUCCUCUGCUCCGUCGCGCGGACCGCGCUGCGGACGAAGCUCCAGCCGAAGAUCGCGGAUCUGAUGACGGACGCGGUCGUCGACGCGGUGCUCACGGUCCGCGGCGCGGGCGAGGACCCGGAGGCGGGCAUCGAUUUGCACAUGGUCGAGGUCAUGACCAUGGAGCACAAGCUCGGCGCGGACUCGCGCUUCGUCCGCGGGCUCGUGCUCGACCACGCGAGCCGCCACCCGGACAUGCCCAAGAAACUGGAGAACUGCAAGGUCCUCACGUGCAACGUGUCGCUGGAGUACGAGAAGUCGGAGGUCGCGUCGGGGUUCUUCUACUCGUCGGCGGAGCAGCGCGAGCAGUUGAUCGAGUCGGAGCGCAAGUUCACGGACGACAAGGUCCGCCAGGUCAUCGAGUUCAAGCGCAAGGUCUGCCAGGACGGGAGCUCCUUCGUGCUCAUCAACCAGAAGGGCAUCGACCCCCUGUCCCUCGACAUGCUCGCCAAGGAGGGCAUCUUCGCCGCGCGCCGCGCGAAGCGGCGCAACAUGGAGCGCAUCGCGCUCGCGUGCGGCGGCACGGCCGUCAACUGCUUCGACGACCUCGAGGAGGACGUGCUCGGCUACGCGGGCGUCGUCUACGAGGUCAAUCUGGGCGAGGAGAACUACACCUUCAUCGACGAGGUCAAGAACCCGCUGUCGUGCACGCUGCUCCUCAAGGGCCCAAACAAGCACACGAUCGAGCAGAUCAAGGACGCGGUGCGCGACGGUCUGCGCGCCGUCGCGGGCGUCAUCGAGGACGGCUGCGUCGUGCCCGGCGGCGGCGCCUUCGAGGUCGCGGCGCAGAUGGAAUUGUGCGACAACUUCACGAAGACCGAGGCGGCCCAGGGCAAGAAGAAGUUCGGCAUCAUGGCCUUCGCGGAUUCGCUGCUGAUCGUGCCGAAAAUCCUCGCGGAGAACGCGGGCCACGACGUCCAGGAGUCCAUCGUCAACAUGCAGGACGCGCGGACGAAGCUCGGCGGCGAGCUCGUCGGUCUGGACCUCGAGACGGGCAAGGCGACGGACACGGCGAGCCACGGCAUCUGGGACAACUACCGCGUCAAGAAGCAGUACCUGCACCUGUCCACGGUCCUCGCGACGCAGCUUCUGCUCGUCGACGAGGUCAUGAAGGCCGGCCGCCAGAUGGGCAAGGGCCCGGCGGCCGCGCCGGGCGACGAGUACGAGGGCUGAACCCGCCCCGCCGUUGGCGCGCCGCGCCCUAUGCUCCCUUUCGCGCAGAGACCCCACCAUCUUCCUAACAUCCCUCGGGGGUCC